UAAUGCAAAUGUUUAGAUUCAAUGAAAGAGCUUAAAAAGGAAUUAGAAGUGAAAAUGUGGAAGGGUUCAAAGGGAUUCAAUUAUUUCAGAAUGUGAAAGAAAAAGCAGCAGAAAGUGGCGGAAAAAUUACAUACAUAGGGAAGCGAGUGGCAGAGAGUUUUUGGGAAAAUCGAAACUCAGUUCACAAGAAAGAAGUGGGGUUUAUCGUCGUCUUCUUCCUCCUCUCUCUCCUUCACAGAGUUGAGCUUCAAUGGCGAAUGCGGAUCCAGUUUACCGCAGCCGGAGCUCGAGCAUGCCGUCGGUAACUCGGUUCCGGAGCGGCCUAAUGCCGUCCGCCAUGGGCGGCGGCAGAGUCACCGGAAGUAUUUCUGUAUCGGACACCGAUACUUACUCCGAUUCCGAUGACGGUGAGGGUUACGGUGGCCGGUAUUCUCUCGAAGCAUCUCCUCAGGAUGAUAAGAUCUCCAACAGUAGCUCCAACCCAAGCUCGUAUACAAAUGGUCGAGCCGGGAACUUUUCCGAUAGGGCUGCCGCCCGGAAUAUUGGAUUUUCCGGCGUACGGCGGGGCAUUGUUGAUGACGAAUCAUCCGAAUCAGGGAUGAGCUCCGAUGUGAGCUCAAUUUUGCAUAGGAAGAAUCAAGGGGUUGUUCUUGAGAGAAGAUUCACGGCGAGGUCUAAUUUUUCCGGUGGCGGCGGACUGCAAUCGGACAGUGAUGCGUCCAGACAGAGCAAGUUAGACGAUGACGUCCCGAGCGCGCCCCCGAUGGCCGGCGGCGCAUUUGUUCGUAGUGGUGAGAAAAGCUCGACGUCCAGAGGCAAUGCUAACCCAUCCAUAGCAACGGCGAGCGAUUCCGCAGCCGACGUCGAACCGAAAAUGCAAAACGGCACGAAAUCAGUUUCUUCGGAUUUCAAUAACCCCGAAGGGAUCGCUAGGGCGACAACCGCAACUGCGUUGUCUUCUUCCCGUCUUGCACCCGGUCGAUUUCCUACUUUUCAUGCUAGCGGGCUCGGUUAUUGGUAUGCCGUUCUCGCGUACGACGCGUGUGUUCGUCUAUGCCUUCAUUCAUGGGCCCGGGGAUGUAUGGAAGCCCCGACGUUCUUGGAGAACGAAUGUGCCCUGCUGCGAGACGCAUUUGGGCUGAGGCAUAUAUUGUUGCAACCUGAGGAAGAGCUUCUGAAGAAAGAGACAACCGAGCUUGUAAGCGAAGGAGCUGCGGUGAAGACGAAGAAAACCAUCGGCAAGAUCAAAAUUCAAGUGCGUAAAGUGAGAAUCGGAUUGGAACCGCCUGCCGGAUGUGCGUUUAAUUCUUUGAAGGCGUCGUCGCUUGAGAAACUGGAAACGCUUCAGAUUCGUCUGUCCAAUAUGAAAUCAAUUGUCGCUUCCGAAAGAAAGGCGAAUAAACGGGAACGGAUAACACCUGUCCUGACUAUCAACGGAACUGUGUUGCCUCCGCGCGUGGCGUAUGUUAUCGUCGGAGCUCGUCAUUAUAUGAAAGAGGUGCCACAGCUCGUUAAAAUUGGAUUCAAAGCAUGGCGGAAAAGCUCGUCGUCUUGCGAAGAGGUGCAAGAAACAUAUUCCUGUUCGUUGAAGCUGAAAAGUUCUCCCGAAGAGGACGCAGUAAGAAUGCAGCCGGGAUCGGGCGAGACUCGAGUAUUCUUGCCGGAUGGACUAGGAGACGAUCUUGUAAUCAAAGUCCACGAUUCAAAGGGAAAGUAUUGUGGGCGUGCUGUUGUUCAGGUCGCCGACAUUGCUGAUGAAUCGGGAGAAAAGCUUCGUUCCUGUUUUAUCUACCGUGAACCGGAGCACGAGCAAGUCGGGAAACUGCAGCUCUGCGUUAAUUACUCUACUACGCCAGAUGAGAAUAGCUACAAGUGUGCGUCGGUUGCGGAGACCAUUGCGUACGACAUUGUUCUCGAGACGGCUAUGAAAAUCCAACAGUUUCAGCAAAGAAACCUUCUGCUGCACGGCUCGUGGAGGUGGUUGGUCGGCGAGUUUGCGUCCUACUUCGGGGUUUCGGAUGCGUACACGAAACUUAGGUAUCUUUCAUAUGUUAUGGAUGUUGCGACGCCCACCGCCGACUGUCUCGAAUUAGUGCACGACUUGCUUCUACCGGUGGUGAUAAAAGGCAAAUCGAAAAGCACAUUGAGUCACCAAGAAGUGCGUAUGUUCGGAGAAGUAUCGGACGAAAUCGAACAGAUUCUCACCUUGGCGUUCGAGAAUUACAAGUCGCUCGACGAAUCGUCUCCAUCGGGAUUAGCAGAUGCUUUUGGGCCUGUAACUGGCGUUGCGGCUCCUGCACUUGCCCCCGCCUUGAAACUUUACAAGCUUUUGAACGACAUACUUUCCCCCGAGGUGCAGUCGAAGUUGUGCCGAUAUUUUCAGAAUGCUACCAAGAAGAGGUCGAGACAGCACUUGAUGGAAACCGACGAGUUUGUUUCCGGCAAUACGGAGAACAUACUGAUGGAUCCGAUGGCGCUUUCUACCGCGUAUAAGAAAAUGAAAUCUCUUUGUACGAGCAUCCGGAACGAAAUUUUGACCGAUAUUCAAAUCCAUAAGCAGGACCUUCUUCCAAGUUUUAUAGACCUUCCAAACCUUACGGCGUCGAUAUACAGCACCGAAUUCUCAAGCAGAUUAAAGGCAUUUCUUGUCUCAUGCCCACCUCCGGGACCGACGCAACCCGUCGUCGAACUCGUCAUCGCAACAGCUGAUUUUCAAAGGGAUCUUGCGUCGUGGAAUAUAAGCUAUAUCAAAGGUGGGGUCGAUGCGAAAGAGUCAUUCCAUUUGUAUAUAACCCUUUGGAUCCAAGACAAACGUCUCGCAUUGCUAGAAUUGUGCAAGUUCGACAAGGUGAAACCCCCGAGUUUUCCGACCGAACAUUCCACUACGUCCUUCAUCAACGGCAUCUAUGACCGGUUGAAGGAGACACUAGCUGAAUACGACAUCAUUAUCAGUCGGUGGCCGGAUUACACUCUCACAUUGGAACAUGCCAUAGCCGAUGUCGAGAAGGCCGUGGUCGAAAGCUUGGAGAAGCAAUAUGCUGAAGUGCUGUCUCCGCUGAAAGAGAACACGACAAUGCCGAUGAAAUUUGGACUCAAGUAUGUCCAGAAAUUGGCGAAGGGCGGAAAUGUCUGUCCUUACAAUGUCUCUGCCGAGUUAGGGGUAUUUUUGAACUCCAUGAAACGGAUGCUCGAUACUUUACGGCCCCCAAUUGAAGCUCAGGUAAAGUCGUGGGGCGCUUGCAUACCCGAGAACGGAAACAUGGUUCCGGGGGAGCAUCUCAGCGAAGUUACGGUUAUGAUCAGGUCCAAGUUCCGUGCUUACGUGCAAGCCGUCGUGGAGAAGCUCGUCGAAAAUACGAAACUCCACAAUGCGACGAAGCUGAAAAAGAUUAUCCAAGACGCGAGGGAGAAUCUAUUGGAAUCCGAUUUACGGAGACGGAUGGAACCUCUGAAGGAGAUGCUCGGCGUUACGAUCGAUCAAUUACAUGCGAUGUUCGAAACUCCCGUUUUCGUGAUAGUUUGCCGGGGCUUCUGGGACCGUAUGGGACAGGACAUGCUCAAGUUUCUCGAGGACCGGAAAGAAAACCGGUCGUGGUAUAAAGCUUCGCGGGUCGCGGUCAGCGUUCUCGACGACACGUUCGCGUCGCAAAUGCAGCAAUUGCUCGGGAACGCUUUGCAGGAGAAGGAUUUGGAGCCUCCGAGGUGCAUUUUGGAGGUCCGGUCGAUGCUUUGCAAAGACGGUAAGAACAAUAAGGACGGUAACUACUAUUACUAGACUCGAUUUUGUGUAUUCGGGUCGGGUUUUGGUGAUUGAAUUUUGUUCUGGAUUCGGGGCUUGAAGUUUAUUAGAUUGUUGUAGGGAAGAAUGCCAAUGCUCAUGGCUUCUGGGUCUUACUUUCUUGAUUUGGGAGAGGUUGUUUGUUGUUUGAUUAACACACAUUCAUAAUAGAUGGGCAAUGCAAAUUAUAAAUUGAUAACACAAAAUUGAUAUUAAUAUAUAAAUAC